GCACCUGCUGCCGGGGGCAGGUGAUGGUGGCAGGUGUCAGCCCUGUGGGGGGAGCCAUUUCCCAGCCCCCCUGCCCUAGAGCGUGGGGCCAGGCUGCUCCCCGCCUGCGUCCCUAGCUGGGGGGGUCUGGAUCGGUUCCAACCCCACCGUUUCCCCGGGCCCCAUUGCGGGCCGGUGGGAGGGGGGGGGUGGAAAGAAACUUUCUAAGUGUCUUUAAAAAUCCUAGUGGCUCCUGGUUCCCUCCUGCCUAGCCGGGCUCCCCCCCGCGCCAGGCGAACGCAGACAUCGGGGAGGGGGGAGAGGGCUGGACCCAACUCAGCUCCCCCCUCCCCGCUGGGCCCCUCGGGAGGGGAAAGGCUAAAGCCGGCUUCUGGAUCCCUGCGGGCCCAUCCCCCUGCUGAGCCGCUUAGUCAGGCCGGUUCUCAUUCCUCGGCUGCUUGAGAUUCCCCAAGAUUCCUGCCCCGGGGCGCUCCCCUCCGGGAUGGGGCGUCUUGGGGUGUGACGAUCUCACCGGAGUCUGGGUGGGCCAGAGGCAGCAGAACAGACUUGGGGGUUGGGUCUGGACACUUCUAGCGGGGUUAGUUGUUCCCUGGCCCGCCGGCCCGGUGCUGAUCCACCCCCCUGCCCAGGAGCGGGCCAUAUCCUAGUGGCGGUUUGGGUGGGGUGGGGUGGUGAACUGGGGGAGAGUGGAUGGGGCUGGAAGGACCCACCCGAGGUGCGGCUUGAGCCUGCUGGGGAAGGCUGGGCGGGCCACGGUACCGCUGGGAAGAUGAGCCUCGUCCUGGGCCCGUACGGCGAGGGCGCCGAGACGCUGCUUCACGGGGAGUUUGGGGCUUACCCCUCCAAGGGCUCCCGCUACGCCCUCAGCCUAACCCAGACGGCGCUGCACAUCCAGCGGCUAGUGCCCAAGCCGGAGACGGACCAGCGCACCGUGGUGCCCCUGGCCGAGGUGGUGGGCUGCCACACGCUGCGCAGCCGGGCGCCAGCCGACCGGGCGGCGUAUUUCUCGGUCUACGCCUACCCGCUGAAGAAGAGGAAGGUGGCGGUGGGGUCGGGGCGCGGGCGGCAGAGAGCGGCACGGACCUUCCAGGUGGAUGGGGCCGACGACUACGAGAAGAACCAAGUGGUGGCGGAGAAAUGGGCGGCUGCCAUCAAGUGCCUGGUGCUGGGUAUCCCCAUCUCCAGUGACACAGACAUCGCUCCCAGCCUCCUGCCACGCCCACGCCGGCUACUGCUGCUGCUGAACCCGUUUGGGGGCAGGGGCCUGGCCCUCCAGUGGUGCCAGACCCACGUGCUGCCCAUGAUCACGGAGGCGGACAUCAGCUUCAACUUGAUCCAGACAGAGAGGCCAAACCACGCCCGGGAGCUGGUGAAGGGCAUCAACCUGGCAGAAUGGGAUGGGAUCGUCGCCAUCUCGGGGGAUGGGCUCCUAUAUGAGGUUCUCAACGGGCUGAUGGAGCGCCCCGACUGGGAGCAGGCGAUCAAGAUGCCGGUUGGGAUUUUACCGAGUGGUUCGGGGAACGCCUUGGCCGGAGCCAUCAACUGUAAUGCCGGCAGGCUGGAGCAGGUGCUGGGCCUGGAGCUGCUGCUGAACUGCGCCCUGCUGCUGUGCCAUGCGGCUGUGGCCCCGCUGGACCUGGUGGCCGUCACCACGGCCUCGGGCGCCCGCUGCUUCUCCUGCCUCAGCGUGGCCUGGGGCUUCGUCUCGGACGUGGACAUCGAGAGCGAGAAGUACCGGCACAUGGGCGCCGCCCGCUUCACGCUGGGCACUCUGGUGCGCCUGGCCUCCAUGCACACUUACCGCGGGCGCCUCUCCUACCUGCCCGCCGCCGACGCCACCGCCCACCGGCCCAUCUCCCGCAGCAUCACCGUGGCCCCCAACGGCCGCCUGCCCCUGCAGCGCCUGCCCUUGCACCGCGCCCUGUCCGACAUGGGGCUGUGUGAGGAGCGCCACGCCUUCCGGGGGGCUGAGCCAGCUCCCGCGCCCUGCCCCUCGCCCGGCUCCCCGCCCCCCUCCUCCGCCUCCGUCCUGCCCCCGCCCAGCUUCUCCUUCGAGCCCAGGCCGAGGGAGCUGCCGGCCGGCGGGGCGGGUGAGGCCCAGGUGGGCGGUCCUCCAGACGAGCUGUUGGUGCCACUGGGGCAGCCGGUGCCCGGCUCCUGGGUGACGGUGGAGGACGACUUUGUGCUGGUGCUGGCCAUCUACCAGAGCCACCUGGGGGCCGACCUCUUCGCCGCCCCCUUCGCCCGCUUCGACGACGGGCUCAUCCACCUCUGCUUCAUCAAAGCCGGCAUCUCCCGCGCCGCCCUGGUCCGCCUCUUCUUGGCCAUGGAGAAGGGCAGCCACUUCGAGCAGGAGUGCCCCCAUCUCGUCCACGUGCCCGUCCGGGCCUUCCGCCUGGAGCCCCUCACCCGCAAGGGCAUCCUGACCGUGGACGGUGAGCGGGUGGAAUACGGCCCCAUCCAGGGCCAGGUGCAUCGGGCCCUCGCCAGACUUAUCACCGGCGUCAACCGCCUCAAGAUCGCCACCGGCUGAUGACCCCGGCUGGGCGCAGAGAGAGGGGCCCCAGUCCCCUCUCCGGCCAGCUUGUUUCAGGGGGUAGCCAGAAACGGCUGGAAGGGGACGUGCUGCCCUCCCUCCUGGCGGCAGGGGGCGCAGCGGGGACCAAGCCGCGCUGCCCCUGCCCGGCUCCUGCCUAAAGCUGUUUAUUUAUUGCUUUGAUCCUGGCAUCACCCACUGAGUGAAUGUAACGCAGGGGCGUGACCCCCUGUGGGAGGGGAGGGGGUGUUUCCCACCAUGGGGGGGUCACAGGCGCGAAAGGAAAGGGGGGAUGGGCUACGUGGGGCCCUUUUUUCAUCUCUACC